UUUUUUACAUGUACACUUCUUUGACAUCUUCACGCUAAACAGGAUCUCGCUGCCUGCUUUGUGUGAGCUUCGAGCUUUGUCUUAGAGGUGCUGAAGCGAGGCCGAAGCAUAUUUCAACGUCAUUGCUCCGUGAUAACAACAUCACAAUAAAGAGCAUUAUUCUGCCACAAUCUGGUUGACUUAUCAGAAGAGAGGGGCAUACAUUUGAGUGCUCUCAACACUCUUCCCUUGGUGAAUCCUCCUUUUCAACUACGAAAGAUUCAUCAUGUCAGACUCCGACAGUCUCGAUUACCUACAAACGGGGUUCGACCCCUCCAGCCUAACUGUGCCCCGCCUUCGAUCAAUCCUCGUCUCUCACAACAUCUCCUACCCCUCAAGCGCGAAGAAGGCCCAGCUGAUCGAGCUCUUCAAUGAGAACGUGGUUCCGCAAUCGCGCAAGAUCCUGUCCGCGAGAGCCCGCGCGAGGAGAACCAGCAAGGGAAUCACCAACGCGGAUUCCUAUGAGACCACGGUCGCCGACGAGGAGGAGUCAAUGCCGCCGCCUCCUACUCCACGUCCGAGAACACGGAAACCUUCGACGAGAGUGAAGUCGGAGGAGAGUGAGUCGGAUGCCCCGCUGACGGUGCGGAGUCCGGUGAAGAGAACGCCUCGGCCGAGCAGUAAACAUGCGAGAGCUUCGGAUACUGAGACCGGGACGGACGCCGAGAGUGUGAUGAAGUCUGUUCGAAAGUCACGGAGGAGUGAGGCGCCAUCGCGGAGGAGUGAGGUGCCUACUCCUGCCCCCGUCCCAGAACCGAAGUUCAAGCUGGAAGAGAUUGAUGAUGGUGCGGGCUUUUCGCGGAGGGAGAGCGCUUUCACGUACGACAACCCAUUUCAGAGUGGUAGCUCACCGCCAAGUGGGCUACGCAGCUCCAGCAGUGGGAAGGUUAGGAAGAGUUUGGGUGGUAGUAAGGAUACUACGAGAAGGAAGAGCAGCUCGACAGUACGAAGACGGACCGAGGGACCUAAGGCAGAUGAUGGCAUUUACCCGCCAACUUCUGAGACCUUCGAAAUGCCGGUUACUAAGGUCAAAUUGGGUUCUAAGGAUACGGACGAAGCAGUUGUGGACAGUAUUGAGCCAACAGAGGAAUUCACACCGGAAGAGCAGCUCGAGCUGACUCGUGAACGAACAGCUAAGGGCUUGCCGGCCGUCCCAGAACGAAGACCCAAAACACAGAGACCGAGCAGAGUUGGCAGGGGACCAAUUUGGACGGUUUUACUUACUCUGUUAGGUGGCUACCUAACUUGGUACAGGCAGGAGAAGCUUGCGGUUGGAUACUGUGGAGUGGGCAGAGAUGCACACCAGGUUAUACCAGCUGGCGUCCAAGUUCCUGACUGGGUUAGAAUACUUGCAGAACCACAAUGCGAGCCUUGCCCUCAACAUGCCUACUGCUCCGCCAAUCUGGAGACCCAAUGCGAAGCCGACUUCGUUCUCAAGCCACACCCUCUUUCACUUGGCGGACUGGUUCCUCUUACACCCACCUGUGAACCUGAUGGAGAGAAAGUCCGCAGGGUCAAGGCGGUAGCCGAUAGGGCAGUGGAGGAGUUGAGAGAAAGGAGAGCCAAGUUCGAAUGUGGCGAACUGGUAAAUGAGGCGGGUGUUCCAGAGCCGACGGUCGAAAUCGACGCCGAGCUGUUGAAGAAUGAGGUUAGUAAGAAGAGGAGAAAGGGAAUGGGGCAGGCGGAAUUUGAGGAGUUGUGGAGCGGUGCUAUUGGGGAGAUUCAAGGAAGAGAGGAGAUUGAGAGCAAAGUUGACGGAACCCACACCCUCAUCAGUAGCACCUCACUCGCCCGCCUCCCCCUCACCUGCGCCAUCAAACGAUCCUUCCGACUCGCGCUGGCAAGACAUCGCCUCCAGAUUGCUACUCUAAUCUUCAUCAUCGGGGCUGCCCUCUACAUCCGGUAUCUCAUCCUGUCCCAAGCCGCCAUUAAUGCUGCUGUCCCUCACCUGGUAUCAUUGACCCUCGACCGUCUGGCCACCCAAGCUACACUCCACGCCCAAGACAAAGAUGCCUAUCCCGAACCCUGGAUCAGCAUCGGCCAGCUCCGCGAUGAUGUCCUUCGGGAUGAGCACUCGAUCAGCAAGCGCGAGAAGCUAUGGGCGAAGGUCCGCAACAUCGUCGAGAUGAAUGCCAACGUCCGCUCGUCGCAGCGCGAAUCGCGCAGGGGCGAGAUCAGCAGGGUCUGGGAGUGGAUCGGCGCAGUUGGCAACCUAGAGAAUGGCGAAAGAGAGAGGAGAAGAAAGAGUGGACGCGUCAGCUGGGGCGUUUAUGAUGCGCAUUCUAGUCCAGUUAGUGGGAUGGAUGAAGGCCCGAAUUGGGAGGAGGGAAGGCCCAUCUAUUGAUUUCGCUGCUUCUUUCUACCAUGUUUUUUGCUUUUACGUUACUUGGGAGGCUUUUUGGCCCGGUGGGCUUGUACGAAAGGCAUGAUACCUACGUCAAUAGUUAUUUGAUGAUUAAUUGUCCCAUCGAGUUUUAUGCCUGUUUUCAAUUGCCUAGUCGGAUUCUGAUUCUCCUGCUGUUACAAAAACAGCUACUAUCUAUCUGCCCGUGCCUGCUUCCUCUUGUUCUACAAGAAUAUUAAGAUGAAGUAGGUCCUUUCGCUUUAACGCAGACGUCGUCGGCUUACUCCAGUUACUAGAGGUUUUUGUCCAGAGCGGCUUUCAGCUUCGUUAUUACCUACUACUAGGUCUAUAUAAAGGUCACACAUUCUUUUGCGUGUAGGGGAAGAGUUUGGCGGUCGUCUGAAGAAAGGAAGGAAGUUCUCUGCGUGCUACCCCCUUAAGCCUACCUAAUAGUGUGUAUUAGAAUUCUAUAGCUAUUGCAAUUAAUUACUGUAUCGUG